AUGUCCCUCCCUCCUCUAGCUCCACCUCUUCAAGAAUCAGAAUCAUCAACCGAACUCAACCUCAUGAUAACCUCUCAACCAUAUGAUCCCUUUGAUACGUAUCUACUUCGUUUACGACAUAGAGGGAUUGACCUGGUAGAUCGGUUCAAUAAGAUUUUAAAUACGAACGAUAGGAUGAAAAUGUGUCAAGAUAUCUGGGUCAUGGGUAAUGAUGUUAGAGUCAUGCCUGGUUUCAUCUUUGAAUAUGGAUUCAAUAUCAAUUUUGGAGAAAGUAUUUACGUAGGACCUAGAUGUACUUUUAUCGAUGUAGGUAAAAUCACAAUUGGUUCUCGUACUCAAAUAGGUGCAAACGUACAAUUAUACACACCUACACAUCCACUCUCACCAGAAGAACGUACACCUGAUUAUUAUUUCCCUCAAAACGAUAAAGAAAACAAAGAAUCAUUCCGACCAGAAGGUUCAAAACCUAUUGUCAUAGGACCUGAUUGUUGGAUAGGAGGUGGAGCUAUUAUAUUACCUGGAGUUACUAUAGGUGCUGGUUGUACAGUUGGAGCAGGUGCGGUGGUUACUAAAGAUGUUGAACCUAGAUGUGUUGUUGUAGGUUCACCCGCGAAAGUGAUCAAGAGGAUUAAAGAUGAUGGAAGUGUUAUGAAGAGUUGA